AUGGCCAUGGCCAUCCUUGCUUCUCUUGCAGAUCGUAUUCUAAUCAUUAAAAACCAUCUGGCCAAAAGGGUGUUUGUUUGUGCAAAUAAUCUCACGGGAAAAUAUUCGCUUCUAGAUCCUUCAACAUUCGAUCUUCCUUCUCUCUCUUCCUCGAUUCCUGUAAAACAGAUUGGAGUAAAUAGACCACACCCGGGGGGUGUUGGCCAAAGGCCCUCCGAUGCCUAA